GCAGUUACACAGUUUGAUCACUUCCUAUCUUGCUGCACUCGGCUUCCUCCUCUCCCGGUCAAACAUUUUGCUAUUUCAAACACAAACAGACUAGCUAUAUUUUUCUGAAUAUUCUCUUCACUGAUGAAGAAUGGCGGGUAGUUUUGGAAAGAUCAUCGUUGGCGUGUAUGUUGAAAUAAAGAGAAGCGAUGGACGAAUACACCAAGCCAUGGUCACGUCGUUGAAUGAAGACAAUGAGAGCGUCACUGUGGAGUGGAUAGAAAAUGGAGACACAAAAGGGAAAGAGAUUGACUUGGAGAGUAUAUUUGCACUAAACCCAGACGUGGCCCCAGAAGAGGAGACUGCCCCCAGCCCAGAGACCCCGCCUCCACCAACGCCGACCUCUGUGAAGGUCAACAAGAUCCCUAAGAACCGACGAACAAUAGCACCCACUAAGAAUGACACUCCGUCCAGGGAUAACAGAGUGGUGUCGACCAGGGCCAGACCAGCUCAGCCCCAGCAGCUAGAGCCUGCUCCCCCUCCCCCCGUCCAGCAGGCAGCCCAGCCCACACAGGCCCAGACAGCCCAACAGUUAGCCAACGAAGCGUCAAUGCAUCAGCUAACAAGAAAGGAGUUUGGACAGCUUUCGAGGAGGAAGUCCAACUGUGUGAAGGAAGUGGAGAAACUGCAGGAGAAGAGGGAGAGACGACGGAUACAGCAACAGGAGCUGAGAGAGAAGAAAGCACAGGAGGUGGACACCACCAUCCCGAACUAUGAGAUCCUGUAUAUGAUCAGAGACUUCCGUGCCAGUCUGGACUACCGGCCGCUGUCCACCGCGGACCUGAUUGAAGAGCACAGAAUAUGUGUUUGUGUGAGGAAACGUCCACUCAACAAGAAAGAGCUGACUAUAAGGGACCUGGAUGUGAUCACCAUCCCCAGUAAGGAUGUGGUGAUGGUCCAUGAGCCCAAGCAGAAGGUGGACCUGACACGCUACCUGGAGAACCAGACCUUCCGCUUCGACUACGCCUUCGAUGACAGCACCACUAAUGAAAUGGUUUACAGGUUUACUGCCAGGCCCCUGGUGGAGACUAUCUUUGAGAGGGGCAUGGCCACGUGCUUCGCCUAUGGACAGACUGGUAGUGGCAAAACACAUACUAUGGGUGGAGAUUUUUCUGGAAAGAACCAGGAUUGUUCMAAAGGAAUUUACGCAUUAGCAGCUCGGGAUGUGUUUGUCAUGUUGAAGAAACCCUGCUACAGGAAGUUAGAUCUUCAGGUGUACGCAACUUUCUUUGAAAUCUACAGUGGAAAGGUGUUUGACCUGCUGAAUGGUAAGGCUAAGCUCCGGGUGUUGGAAGAUGGGAAGCAGCAGGUGCAGGUGGUGGGUCUGCAUGAGAGAGACGUCAAAUGCACAGAGGACGUUCUCAAACUCAUAGAAGUGGGCAACGGCUGCAGAACGUCAGGUCAGACCUCGGCCAACGCCCACUCGUCCCGUAGCCAUGCAGUGUUCCAGAUCAUUCUAAGAAGGAAGGGGAAGAUGCACGGCAAGUUCUCCCUGAUCGACCUGGCGGGGAAUGAGAGGGGUGCCGACACGUCCAGCGCUGACCGCCAGACACGCCUGGAGGGAGCCGAGAUCAACAAGAGCCUGCUGGCACUAAAGGAGUGCAUCAGGGCGCUGGGGCGGAACAAACCUCACACUCCGUUCAGGGCCAGCAAGCUCACCCAGGUCCUCCGAGACUCCUUCAUAGGGGAGAACUCCCGCACAUGCAUGAUAGCAACUAUCUCUCCUGGUAUGACGUCCUGUGAGAACACCCUCAACACGCUACGCUACGCUAACAGAGUAAAGGAGUUUGGGAUCAGUCCCUCAGACAUCCCCUUCUCCCAGGGCGGUGGAAGUCGCUCGGAGCUCUCGCCCACCUAUGAGUAUGAUGACUUUGCUACCUCUCCCAGCAGAGUGAAGGAGCUGACGGUGGACCCUAAUCAGGUGAUAGAGGGGGUCCGGCCCAACAUCCAUGUGGUGGACCAGCUGGAUGAUGACUGGGACCACCUGGGCAGCUCCCCCCAGAGAGAUGACCUCAAACUGCUCUGUGAGCAGAACCUGGAGGAGGUGUCCCCCCAGCUCUUAACCUUCCAUGAGGCUGUCUCUCAGAUGGUGGAGAUGGAGGAACAGGUGCUGGAGGACCACAGAGCUGUCUUCCAGGAGUCUAUCCGGUGGCUGGAGGAUGAGAAGGUUCUGCUGGAGAUGACUGAGGAGGUGGACUAUGAUGUGGAUUCUUAUGCCACUCAGCUGGAGCAGAUCCUGGAUCAGAAGAUUGACAUCCUCACGGAGCUCAGAGAUAAAGUCAAGUCGUUCCGCUCGUCACUCCAGGAAGAAGAACAAGCCAGUAAGCAGAUCAAUCCUAAGAGGCCGCGUGCCCUGCUGUAGACCAGGCCAGGGAGGGGUGUGUGGAGGGGCAGUGACACAUACAGGAACAUAUACACUAGAUGCACUAUAUAUACAAAGUAUGGACACCCUUUCAAAUUAGUGGAUUUGUGGACUUACUGAAGAGCUCAAUGACUUU